CAGGGCAGACUUCUCGUUCUCGGUGCAAGAAGCACAGCUGUGCGCAGUUGUGAGUCAGUACUAUCAGUAUAUUAAAAAUGGCUGCCAAGAGCGGUGGUCACGACGAGUGGCCUUCGGUGAUGAAACCGAUUUUAGCAACGUCGCCGCCGCACUCGUUCAACAAAGCCGAUGUUAUCGAUCUCGUGAAGACCAUCGUCAAAAGCGAAAACAAAUUCGUCUCCCACGAGGAUCAAUACGGCACUUUUUACACGGCGGUCGCUGCCUUGGCCGCGGAUUGCAUUAGCGGUUGCGCGAAUACGUUUACCAAGAGUCAAAUAUCUAUAGUUUGUCAAGCAUGCAAAGUGCUGCUUGCUUAUCUGGUGGACAAGCUGCCACAGCAUCAGGUGCAACCCGGAGAUACAGCACCCACGGUCUUGACCACAAAACAGUUGCUACUCGCAAUACGUGCACUAUGUACCGGACAAUCGUUACUCACAUCCGCAGAGGAAACUGCACUGGCGUUUGUAGUGAAAAAUUCCAAAAUACCAUCUCACGUGACAGUUCCGUCAGGUGGAAAAGAAAAGGAAACCUCUCCGCAAAUAGUAAAGGAGUCUAUGCGGUCUCGUUGUGAUUUGUCUACCAGUAUCUUCGAGCAAUUGACAAUGCCGUUGCAAGAUUUUUCAUCGUCAUCUAUUCUGGCGAGUGAAAAUUCUACUGAUGGCGCGAGCAAGAACACUAAUAUCUCAAGCAAAAGCGCCAGUACCACAAGCGAGACACAUUCUGACAUCAAGAUGAUGUUUAUUUCAAACAACAUAAGCACUCUGCAGAACAUGGGUGCAAGUGACAUCUUGCUGGACAUGUGCUUGAAUCUACCGCACUUGUCGCGCUACACACGAAAGUAUCAGGCGUAUUUGUCUAAAAAAGGAUUCAGCCUGCCGGCCAACACGUCAGAGGCGCAUACAAUAAGACACAGCUUGCACUCUGUGGUUAGCGAUAUCAAUAUUGUACAUAGUGUGAUAUCUCUGCCAAUACUCGAGCCUCUGACACCGGAGAAAUUGGAAAAGCUGUCGUUACUGACAAUGUCUUGUCUGUAUUGUUCGAUCGCGAACGCGACAGCGUCGAGUAUAGUCGGCAUAACAAACGCCGUGUCGCCCAAGUGCAGCACGAAUACCGCGGCGAGUAAUCAGUCCAAUCAAAACGCGAAAACGACCGACGAGGAAUACGAUACUCUAGCGAUCACAGUUGUCGAAAAGAGUCUAGAAAUAUUUGGACAGGUGUCAAACAUAAUCAAAAAUAGCACACGCGCGGGUGGACAUAUUCUGCAGAAUCAUUUACUCAUUGGAGUGUGGCUCCUAGUCGCGGGAUUGCAAGCGCAAUUGAGCGUGAGCAGUUUUAGCGCUGCAGACAAAGGAAAAGAGGAGAAGGGAAAAUCCCCAAGCAAGGCUCGUGAUGGAAGCGGACGUGUUAAUCUUAUGAAAGUGCAACAGGGUUUUGGCGUAUUGUCAGUGGCGUUGGCCUCGCACGCGCUUAAUUUGAUGAGCGCGCUUCUCGAAGACGUGUCUAUCGAAGCCAGUACCGAUUUAGUCGUGGCGGUUCCUGAACCAGCGGCGUUGGAUAUUCUGUCCACCGCUACAGCGUUACAGAGAGCGGUGACAUUCCUACAAGCAGUGCCGUUGAAUCAUCUGCUCUUUUAUCUUGCUACUAUUAGUUACAGAAAGGCGUGCACACUGAAAAGAGUGCAGAAACAUUCUUUGGAAGGAGAUGCACUGAGUCAGUCAGAUUCCACAACAUACUAUGAGGAUCUUUUGAGUUGUUCGGAAAAUUCUACUGAUGAAGAGGAGGACAGCGAACCUAUCUUGGGACUGUGGUUUGAAGAAACUCUUGCUCCGUCAGAUGAGACUUCCACAAACACCAACAAAGAAACAAACAAUGAAGCGAGUGCGGAACGUACCACCACUACUACUAUUGUUCCCGACAAUCGAGAGCCACAUGGUUAUAUUUCGCUCGCAACAAAAAUAUUCCAAUUUAUGAACAAGUACUUAAUUGGUAGUAGAAGUACGUAUGUUCGGGAAUAUGUGGUGAACGGUUUGGUCGAGCAACAAAUGGUCAUAUUGGCAGCGAUCAUAAGAGAUCUGGAUCAUGAAACAGCUAGAACCGAAACAGGCACAAUUUCCACAUUUUACGGCGCUACGUUAACUGCUAUGUAUUUGGAAUUCUCUCAAGCUUUAAGUCGUUACACUCACAACUUACUCGCGUGGAACACAUUAAGCGAAUCUCUGCAGAAUACCUUGCUCCAACACUUGGGUGUAAGUCCCUGGUCUACAGAAGGCAAUAGUUCAUCCUCUUGGCCUCUUCAAGUGUAUCCACGAACUCUCAGAGUACUAGCUCAGGUGCUGCAAUUGAAACCUCAACCAGAAAGGGAAGCUGCAUGCAUAAGCAUAUGGCAUCGAUUGGUAACAACUUUGGUCGAAAAUGUAUGCAAUCCUCAAACAACCUACGAAGCUGAGAAUGAAGAUUUGAAUGUGGAACACGCUCAAUUGGUUCUCUUUCUAUUUCAUUCUCUGAAUUUAAUGCAGAAAAAAUCUGUGUUACUUGUGACCGGAAGUGGCGCGGUACGUUGCAGCGAAGCGGUUAAAACGCCCAUGAAAGAUUUUCAAGUGUUACACUUGUCCCGAUUGUUACUGCUGCUCGAAUAUAUGAUGAAACAUUUGUACGACGCGCACCGAGUGUUGCUUGAACACGUAGAAUGGAAUCUGUUUUCUGCUACAAGUUUGGUAAGCGACACAAAAGACGGAAAUAAACAGACCACCAGGGCAUUCACUCCUUGGGCCGGAAUAGAGGACAAACAUCGUCAAUAUAGUUCGCAAGACGAAUUUUCGAUGAAGCCGCGUUUUUACAGUUUGUCGAGAACAGAUCGAAAUAAUCAGGAUGUGCCAAAAUUAGACGGAUUGGCCUGUAAUUUUAUUCUGGGUACACCGGAUAAGAUGAAGUAUCCCCUUCUGGUCGACGCGCUGAUCGACAUUCUGAAUGUGCUCAAUCAGAGCGACAGAUACGAAAAAGGUGCCGAGAGUAACAAGGACAAGAUCACGUUCACCGGCUUGUGCGCGAUUCAGUAUUGCUUCACUAUAUGCUGGGAAUUGCUACUGAUGUUACCACCUUCGACUCCUUACAUGAACAAACUCGCUCUCGGCGAGGAGAUACCGGCCGGGCCUAUGCUGCUCCAUUCGUUCGUGUGGGGACCGAGAGCGGCGUAUAAAACCUUCACCGGUUGGAUGAAGGACUGCCUGAUAAAGCAGGGAAUGUACACGCAAUACGCCGAGAAUUUGUUGAAAACUGUUUCGUCGACCGUGAACUCGGUGAAAUACGACGCCACUCUUGCGAAGAAUUGCAUGCUCUCGCUCAUGCCCGAGUACAGCGCCACUGACAAACUGAUGCCGAAAGCGUCGCUGCCGAAACUCGGUUCCCUGUGCAUAUUGAACUCGGUAGUGGGAAAGUUGCAGGUUCUCAUGGACGAGAACAUAUCGAAGAACACUACCGAGAAUACCGACACGUCCAAGAGCGCGCAGAAUGCGGAGUCCGGAAGUCUGAUCAGAGUCAAGAUGAUAAUUGAUCUUCUGCCGCAAUUUGUGUCGCUGACAAAGGCUAUUUUGUUAUCGUGCCAAUCGAACAUGUUGUAUCGCAUGUUCGAUUCCGCCGAGGACGAGGGUAAUUACAGCACGCGAAACUAUCUGAUCGUGAACAACAUACUGUCCAUAGGCAAUGCGCGCUGGGGAACGGAAAAGCCGAUAGUGUCCUUCCUGCCGCAUUGCGUUCAAUCCGGCGUGGACACGUGGAACGCCAUCGCUCACUCUUCCGUGUCCUGGAACGCCUACGCGAACGACAUAAUACCGUCGGAAAACUACAUUUUCAGCAUAGUCAAUUAUCACGUCGGUUCUCUGUCUCAGUAUCCGGUGUUCUCCAUCAAUCCGUCGCUGAAGAAUCUGCUGCACAGUUUGGUCUCGUUCAUGCAGGUGUUUAUCACGCCCGCGACAAUCCCGGAGCAAUCGUCCGAGACCCACACCCAAGCCGUAGAUGUUCUGAUCGCGUUGUUACUGGACGCACGUACCGAUUAUCUUCGUGAAAAGGUCACGGGUAUACUGGACAAGUUGUUCGACGACGAGACCGCUGGAGACAAUGAAACGCGAUAUCUGCGAGAGCACAUGUUCAUGAUAAAUCACAUCUACAAUCUGAUAGUUGAGUACACCGAUAACGCGGACGGAUCUAUCAGUAUCGUAAUUCACGAGGAGAUCUUCAGACAGUGUAUGAACUAUUGGGAGCGACUGUUGGAGAAGCCUCUCGGAUGCAAAGCUCUGUAUUUGUUCUUCGUUCACGACACAAAUCACAGUCUUGUAUCUGUCUUGCUGUCUAUAACGUCGCCUCAAGCUACGCCGCAGUUCAGCACGUACGUUUUGCACUUCUUCAACGUGUUAUUCAGAACAGCUGAGAAAGCAAACGACAUAUUGCUAGAUCAUCUCUGCAAUUCGGUGACCAAUUUUGCCAAUAUCGAGAGCGAGAAGCUGCAAACCUGGUUGAGACACGUUAUAUUGGGAGCAACGAACGUGGUCGAGAACGUUUCUACGGUUAACGUGCCAACACCCACGGUCAAUACAGCGAAUACAUUGGUGACCGUCUCGAGCACUCCGGAGGAGAGUCAGAGACCGGACGAAAGAAACAACGCGUCCAAUAACGAACAAGGUCAGUGGGCGAUUUCCGACAGUUCCAGCAAUCAGCCUGCGACAAGCAAAGACGAGGACUCACACUCGACUCACGAGAACAGCCGUUUCUUAUGGGCGCUCACGAAUUAUAUAGUAAAGGAUAAGAGCAACGCUAGCGUUUCUGUGACCAUUCUUCAAGCUCUCAUACCGUUAACGUACCACAUUCUUUCUCCGACCAUCGAAGCGAAUCGUUUUCCGGAAUUGAUGCAAAUUAUGUCCACACUGGCCGACGCCGUGCCGGAAAAAGGACACGCGUUGUUGUUCAAAGCGGCCAUUGAAUGGGUCGAACUUUGCAAGGAUCACAUAAUGAACAAGGAUCUGCAGACGUUCGACGAACCGACUCCGUACAUCGAAGCGGGCUGUUGCAUGCUAAACUACAUAGCCGAUGUGGUGGGCGCGAUUUGCCCGCAGCAAGCGCAGUCCCAAGAUCGCGCGAACAGUCCGCCCUGGGAAGGCGCUCUACCGAACAACGACGUCAACGACAGCGACUGGGUGGACGAAAUUCCUCACGAGGACGACGACAGCGCGGCCGAGGACUCGGACGAGGACAGUCUCUGCAACAAGCUGUGCACCUUCACGAUCACGCAAAAGGAAUUCAUGAAUCAGCACUGGUAUCAUUGCCAUACGUGUAACAUGGUCGACGGCGUAGGUGUGUGCACGGUGUGCGCUCGGGUCUGUCAUCGCGGACACGAUCUCACUUACGCCAAAUACGGGAACUUCUUCUGCGACUGCGGCGCCAAGGACGACGGAUCCUGCCAGGCGUUGACGAAGCGCAGUCCUCAGAGUUCGGAGCAUCAAGUGAGCAGCAACAUACCGUACAACAAUGUCGGAUCCGUUCCCGCGGAAAGCAGUCUGCUCCUCACGAGCAGCUUACGCCGAAGAGCGUCCAGUCCCGUGCACUUUUACAGCAAACAGGAAAUAGCCGGACGCGACACUCAAAGACUGACUUAUCUGACGAAACAUCUGGAAUCAUCGAAGGACUGGAUAUACUCUCAGUUGUGGAAAAGCGGACUGGUAUCCUCGUUGGUCGAUUUGACACGCGCGUUGAUACCUGCAGUAGAGGAGUACUGUCAGCGUUACGCUCCGAUCGGUUGCUACGUGCGGGCUCAAUUGGCGCUUUUGCGGUUGCACACGAGCGGCAAGAAGUUCGAGUACACGGAUCAACUUAUGCUUCCGACCUUGGGUUCUCAAGAAGGCGCGUUUGAGAACGUUCGAAUGAACUAUUCGGGGGAUCAGGGUCAGACUAUCAGACAAUUGCUGUCGGCUCACAUGAUACGACGCGUCGCUAUGUGCUGUCUGUCUUCGCCACACGGCAAACGUCAACAUCUGGCUGUGUCGCACGAGAAGGGAAAGAUAACGGUCUUGCAGCUCAGCGCCCUUUUGAAGCAAGCCGACUCGUCGAAGAGAAAGUUAACGCUGACAAGACUCGCUUCUGCACCAGUACCUUUCACCGUUCUUUCCGUCACCGGGAAUCAGUGGAACGAGGAUUUCCUGGCCGUUUGCGGAUUCAAAGAUUGUCACGUACUUACGUUCAACAGUUCCGGAACCGUGUCCGAUCAUUUGGUUCUGCAUCCUCAACUGGAAAGCGGAAACUUCAUUAUCAAAGCUCUGUGGCUUCCCGGCGCACAGACGCAAUUGGCACUGGUUACCGCCGAUUUUGUGAAAAUUUACGACCUAGGAAAGGACGCGCUGAGUCCGCAGUAUUACUUCCUGGUGCCGACCGGGAAGAUAAGAGAUUGCACGUUCAUGCACGCGGAGAACGGCACGUUUCACAUGUUGCUCAUGUCCUCAGCCGGAUACAUUUACAGCCAAGCGAUGGACGAGGAGAGUCAAGCCAAACACGGUGCUUUCUACGUGACGAACACACUGGAUGUUUAUCAUCCGGAGAUAAAAGACAACGGCCAAGUGGGCGGCGGAGGAGUAUCCAUUUAUUAUUCUCACGCUCUGCAAUUGCUGUUCUUCAGUUACGCCUGCGGCAAGAGCUUCAUAGCUCCGUUGCAACACAUGGACUCCGACAUCAGACUGGUGUUUCAGAUCAAUCUCGCGAGUAACAAAACAAACGGGAACAAACCCAACAACAAUCAACAACAGCCUCUGUGCCAAUGGAGCGAGGUUGCGAAUCAUCCCGGACUGAUUUGCUCUAUGCUUCAGACCAGCAACAAUCCAGUGAUACUGAUGAUCAAACCGGACACGAUUAUGAUACAAGAGAUCAAAAUCGUGCCGGCGAAAGCGAAGAUCAUGGACAUGGUUGCGAUAAGACAUCCCAGCUCGAACGCCGAACACCGAACGACCUUGAUAUUAUUGUGCGAGGACGGAAGUCUCCGAAUUUACAUGGCCAGCAUGGAACAGACCGGAUUUUGGAUGUCGUCCGCCGUGAAACCGGUCAAUACCAUUUGCGCCAUGAAACCCAGCCGAAAGAAGAAGACCAACAAGAUGGGAAAACCGUCGGGAUCCGUCACGUUCCCCAUCGACUUCUUCGAGCACUGUCAAGUGAUGCCGGACGUUGAAUUCGGCGGCAACGAUCUGCUGCAGAUCUACAACACCUCGCAGAUCAAGCACCGUUUGAACACCACCGGGAUGUACGUGGUUUCCACGAAAGCGACGGGUUUUAACGUCGAAGUUACGAAUAACGACGCGAUUAUGGUGAUGACGGGAAUACGAGUGCUCUUAGGCAAUCAAGACGUUCUGAGAGUGCCUUUAUACGUCGAGAUUUUCGGCAGAAGUAUUCGAACCACGUUAACCAGAAGCCGUUGGUUCGACAUUCCCUUAACGAGAGAAGAGAGUCUUCAAGCGGACAAGAAGCUGACGAUCACUUUCGGACCGUCCCAAGAUCCCGAUGGCGUCAUCAUGGUCGAUUCGAUAAAGAUAUACGGCAAAACUAAGGACACAUUUGGAUGGCCUGAGGAGAUAGAGGAAAUCCAGUCGUGUCAACCAUCAUCCGCGCCGGUAACGACAAUCAAUAACGAAGCGGACAACGCUGUCGUUUCUCCUGCGCCAUUGUCCUCAAUUGACAAAACAAAGGAUACUGCGAUAGAAAGAAUAACAGCCAGCGUUCUCGAGGUCUUGGAAUCGGCCUUCAUUCUGUCUCUGCAAGACGAUAACAAAUCCGCGCUCAAGACCACGGCGAUCGACGUCGCGUCGCAGUUGUUGAUAUUGCCUACGCCAAUACCCGUGCAAAUGUACACGAUGGCUCUGCUAGCUGCUCUUCACAACACCAAACAGGCGUAUCAUCUUCACGAGGAUCACGUGUUGUUGUCGCACGUGCUCGAAUCCCUGAAAUCAAUGAGGGAAGCUGCAGAUCCCUCGGACAUCGAUCCGGAGAACUUUUACAGACUUGUACUUAUCGUUCGCGCUGUUGCGGUGUCACGCCCGCACAAUCUCGCGAAAUUUUCCGAACAGCACGCAACUAAAUCAAUCGACGAAAGUAGCGUACCCGUCUUCGAAAAGGAUCGAUUGGAAGUUUACGCGAGCACAAAGGCGGACGAAAAUCAGCACUUGGUCAUACAAUUGAUGGAGAUACUGUGGUCUCUGCACGCAGCGUAUCCCGACAAUCUGGCGUUAGCUCCGGUAGUCGUGCCGGGACUCACGCACGCCGAGGGCACGGUUUACGCCAUCGUCGAAAUCAUUCACGCGUUCGCGAUAUGCGACGUUGAGAACAAUACUCCGAUUGCCGCGAAACUUUAUCUGCAGCUUCUGCUAUCAUCCGACACCACAAUCAGUUUCAGCGCGAAGCACGCGAUAAUCAGAGUGCUCAGACCUAGAUACAAACGCAGAAGGGUGUACAUCCCGAGUCCCCCGAACUGCAGCACUCCGGGUGUGGUGGCCGAGACCGAAGAGAAGUCCGCGUUGGUUCCGCGGACGCAAGCUUCCCAGGACACGGUCGAGCGCGAUGUGGAGCAGCAAUUCGACAUCGUCGAAGCCGUGGAAGCUGUUGAUCGAGUGGCGUCUAUGCUCGGCGCUGAGAGCAAUCAAAACUCGGUUUCCGCCCGAGUGGUCAAUCAUCCGUUGGAACCGUUGGCGGCCAUGCUCGGCGCGGGUAACUUCCCGCAAUUGUUGGACGUGCCGACGGACGCCGACGACGAGGCUAUGGUGGAACUGGCGAUAGCUCUAAGUUUGCAAGAUCACGAAGGAGGCGCCGAUCUGCAAGCGCUUCGACAGGGAUUCCAACAAGCUGGUUUUCCCAAUCUGCAAGGUAUACAGAGUCUUCAGAAUCUGAGCGGCUCCGCGUUGCAAAGCUUGCAAAACUUGGCGGCGCAGGGAUUGGUUCAAGUUCCAAAUGCUGCUCAGGGACAGGAAGGCGGACAUUAUUCCGAUACGACCGCGUCCGCAGGUGGCUCGGACGAUGAGGGAUCAACCGCCGCCACCGAUGGCAGCACGCUUCGAACGUCUCCCGCCGAGCAAGGUGGUAGCGGUGGUAGCAAGGGUAGCGAGAGCGGCGGUAGCGAUAGCGGAGGCAGCGCCGUUGACAGCAUGACGGGAGAGCAUAACGUUUCCGGCAGGAGCUCCGCUUACGGAGACAACGCUCCGGACAACGCUAUACCUCCAAUCGGGAUCGCGGUCAAUCAAGCACCGCGCUCUGAAACCACCACUCUGGAUGUUCCGACAACUUUCACCACCACCGAACAAGAAGAAGGCACCGAGCAAGAACAAGGUGUCGAACAGGAAAACGACACGUCUGGCGAAAUCACUGUUAAACUGCACGCCGUCCGGCUCUUAUUGCUGGACAAGUUUACGCAGUUCGUGCCCAAUUUGGUAAACGUUCGCGGAGUGCUUGCCAUUCCGUUUAUGCAGGUAAUGCUGAUGCUGACCGCCGAUCUUGACGGUCAAGAAGAAAAGGACAAAGCCUGUGUGGAACGUUUGUUGCACAUGCUCGUGAAAGAAUUGGAAAUGGACAAGCCCGACACGACCAACAUAUGCGAACGCAACAACAAGAGAGAAGUCCAUUUGGUUAUUAUGCGCUUGCUGAGCGUUCUUAUGUCACGUUCGAAAUACGCCACAAAGACUUCCUCUGAGAAUCCAAACUUCGUGUCGCAAACCACCGCCGCGAUAUUGAGCAAAGCCGGUAUUAUCGAUUAUUGUCUGACAUUGCUACAGGCCUUGCUCGACUAUUGGAAAACCACCAAUACGGAAGAAUCCGGUACCAUGAUAGGAGGCCAGUUGCUCAAAGAACAUCUCACCACGUCGCCGCCGGAUAUGUCGCCGUUCUUUUUGCGUCAAUACGUCAAGGGUCACGCGGGCGACGUGUUCGAACCGUAUCCUCAAUUAUUGACGGAAAUGAUAUUACGGUUGCCUUAUCAGGUACACAAGUACACGGAGAGCACGAUGGUGCAGCCCGCGUUCGAACAGCCGUGGUACUUCUAUCUUUGCGAAUACAUGAUGUCGUAUCAGACGCCGUUUGUCAGACGACAAGUGCGCAAAUUGUUGCUCUUUAUCUGCGGCAAUAAAGAAAAAUACAGACAGCUGCGGGAUCUUCACGCUCUCAUCUCGCACAUACAAUCCGUACAACAGUGUUGCUCCACAGGCGGAUAUGAUCCACCGAACAUACGUCCGCAUUCAAUCAAUCUACCUUACGACUCGUUAGUCGAGCUGAUCGAACAUCUCAAGUGCUGCGUGGAAAUCGCCACCAGUCGGACGGGAAACUGGCAACGAUUUUGCUUGAAACAGAACACAGUUUUGUCUUAUCUGUUCGCAAUAUCGACGCUCCUGGACGAAGGCGUGAGUCCUACGGUGCUUCAGUUGUUGCAGUGCGCUAUUUGCUCGAAUACCAAGUCCAAAGAAGCCAAGGAUGUCAAAUCAAAGGAUUCUAAACCGACAACCGGAACGAGAGAGAGACGCGAACGUGAGAAAUCGGAGGAUUCCGAUUCGGAAGCCAGAUUUGAGGAAACGCAGUGUUUACCUCUGGUCGAACAAAUUCAGAAACAAGUGCAUCCCACAUUAUUGAUGAAGUUUAUUCAGACUUUCCUCCUUGAAACGAACAAUACGAACGUUCGUUGGCAAGCUCAUUCUCUUAUACUGGCAAUUUACAAAAAUUGCGGACCAACCGAUCAGGAAGUCUUGCUGGAUCUUCUGUGGCGUUUGUGGCCCCUGCUUCCGGCUUACGGCAGGAAGGCAGCGCAGUUCGUCGAUUUACUGGGUUACUUCUGCUUGAAAACUCCCCACGCCGGAAAGAAGAUGCACACGUACAUGGAGCAGGCGGUUGCCGUGUUGCACGCGCAAAAUCAAUUGCUCGCGCGUCACCCCAACGCCAAUCUCUACGUAAAUCUAGCGCAAUUCGUCGAAUUGGACGGUUAUUAUCUGGAGAGCGAGCCCUGUCUUGUGUGUAACAAUCCGGAAGUGCCGAUGGCGACCAUCAAGCUGUCGUCGAUCAAGGUGGAUUCCAAGUUCACGACGACGACGCAGAUCGUGAAACUGGUCGGGAGUCACACCAUCAGUCGCAUCACUCUACGUAUAGGCGAUUUGAAGAGAACAAAAAUGGUUCGCACCAUCAACAUCUAUUACAACAAUCGAUCGGUGCAGGCUGUCGUGGAAUUGAAGAACAAACCGUCGAUGUGGCACAAAGCGAAGAAGAUCACGCUCGCUCAGGGUCAGACGGAGGUGAAGAUGGAGUUCCCGUUGCCGAUAGUAGCCUGCAAUCUCAUGAUCGAAUACGCCGAUUUCUACGAGAACAUUCAGGCCUCGUCCGAGACGUUGCAAUGUCCGCGAUGCUCCGCCAGCGUGCCCGCGAAUCCUGGCAUUUGUGCGAAUUGCGGCGAGAACGUGUUCCAGUGUCACAAGUGUCGAGCGAUCAAUUACGACGAAAAAGAUCCGUUCCUGUGUCACGCUUGUGGCUUCUGCAAGUACGCCAAGUUUGACUAUUCCUUAACCGGCAGACCGUGUUGCGCCGUGGAUCCCAUAGAGAACGACGACGAUCGGAAGAAGACGGUGGCAACCAUCAACACUUUAUUGGAAAAAGCUGACAGAGUGUACAAAACUUUAAUAUCCAACAAACCGACACUGGAAAUGCUUCUCAUCAAGAUAUCCGAACAUCGUCUGGAUCGUGGAUUGGAAGAUGGUCUGCAGGUUUCCGGCAGUACCUGCAUCUCUGUGAACAAAGCGAUUCAGUUGCUCGCACAGAGAUACUGCGGCGAAUGCAAGACCUCUUUCGAGGAGCUCAGCAAGAUUAUUCAACGCGUUCUAGCUUGUCGCAAGGAGCUCGUCGCGUACGACAGAAAUCAACGGGGUCAGACCAGCGGCAGCUCGCAGUCGUACGGCACAACCAGCGCGAACGACGUUACGAAGGACGAACCCAUAAUCUCACCGAUUGGACGCUGUUACGGUUGCGCGUCCGCCGCCACGGAACACUGUCUGACGUUGUUACGCGCUUUGGCAACCAACAGCGUAGCCAGAGACGUUCUGUGCAAACAGGGACUGAUUCAAGAACUCGUGGAACACAAUCUGCGAAAGGGAACGGUGCAGAUGCAAGAGGAAGUGCGGCAACUACUUUGCGUUGUGACGAGAGACAACGCGCAAUCGACGAAGGAGAUCUGUUCGCUUCUGACUAAUCGAAUCACGCUGACGCUCCGCGGACGCGUCGCCACUCCCGAUCUUUCGGUUGCCGUAAGACACGAAAUGGCUCUUCUCGCGGCGCUCGUGCAAAAGGAGGACUCGUGCUGGGAACAGAAGUUACGCUGCGUAAUGCAGUUGUUUUUAACGGCUUGUAAGGAAUCGAAGAAUCCCGUUGUAAUGGAGAGCAUCAUACUGCCGUGUCUGAAGAUCUUGCAAGGACUCAUUAAACCCGAUCAACCUAUAUCCAAGAAAAAUAAAGAUAAAACGAUCGAGUCUCUGGCGACGGUGCAACCGCCUGAAGGCAUCAGUAUUGAUGUGGGCAAAUGGAUCAGUGGCGAUCCAAAACAUUCGUAUUCCGAGUGGCUCCGUCGCAUGCCGACUAAGAAAACGGAAUCAGCCGCCAACAAACCUCUCAAGAAAGAGGAAGCUCGAGUGUUGUAUCUGAUGGAAAAAUACGGUCACAGGUGGCAUCAACGUUGCAUAAGACAUCACGGCGUUCAGCCGCUGAAAUUAUCCGACGGAGCUUGGCUGAAGGAGGUUCUCUUCAAUCCCAGUUCACGACUGGCGCGACAGGUCGCUUGCAACAUGAUCGAGAGCUUGUGCCAAGGCACAGAGAGAAAGAAGGAGGUUCUGGUUCUUCUUACGUGCUAUUUAGAAGAGCUACGUACUGCCGGCGAGAGCAGUACCGAGUUUCUCACGUUGUAUCAAAGCUUAAUCAGACAGUCGCCUUGGAAACAAUUUCUGGCGGUGCGCGGUGUGAUGACUCUAUUGGCGGAUCUCUUGACCCGAGAAAUAGAAGAGUUGCAUCGCCUCGAAGAAACCACCUUAACCAGCGAUCUGGCUCAGGGAUAUUCGUUGAAGAUGCUCACAGAAUUGUUGGCGACUUUCUUGGAGCAAGAAAACAUUAAGCAACAAUACAAAGGUCGAUUGGUCGGCGCGGUUUUGAACGGUUAUCUGUCGCUCAGAAGACUCGUCGUUCAACGUACCAGACUGAUCGACGAUACCCAGGAGAAAUUACUGGAGCUUUUAGAAGAAAUGACUUCAGGUACCGAAGAGGAAACAAAGGCGUUCAUGGCAAUCUGUGUGGAAACGAUACAGAAACAGAAUCCUCAAGAUAUUCGCACUCCGGUAUUCAUAUUUGAGAGAUUGUGUUCGAUCAUUUAUCCGGAAGAGAACGAUAUCGGAGAAUUUUUCUUGACGCUCGAAAAAGAUCCUCAACAAGAAGACUUCUUGCAAGGAAGAAUGUUGGGAAAUCCUUACAGUAGCUUGGAACCUGGACUCGGUCCACUUAUGAGAGACGUGAAAAAUAAGAUUUGUCAAGAUUGCGAGUUGGUCGCACUUUUGGAAGACGAUAACGGAAUGGAACUUCUCGUCAACAACAAAAUCAUCAGUCUGGAUCUUCCCGUUAAAGAAGUUUACAAGAAGAUCUGGAUGCUGGAAGGUGGCGAGUGUGACGCAAUGCGCGUGAUAUAUCGCAUGCGCGGUCUUCUCGGAGACGCAACCGAGGAAUUCGUCGAGACUUUGAACGCUAGCAGUGAACAGGAGGUGAACAAUGAGGAAGUUUAUAAAAUGGCAAAUGUAUUGGCGGACUGCGGCGGUCUGCAAGUUAUGCUGGACAGAUUAGCGGCGAUACACGAUAUCAAUCGAGCGAGGCCGCUUCUCCAAGUGUUACUGAAAUUGUUCAGAUUGUGUGUGAAGGUCAAAAAGAAUCAAGAGGUUCUAAGCAAACCCGAAUUAGGAGCGGUCACUGUGUUUUUGGACGUUCUUCAGCGUUGUCUUGCUACGGAGUCGGAAAAUUCUCAAGCGAAAAUCACCGAACAAUUAUUGGACAUCAUGGAAACAAUAUUGGCGAACGCGGCAUCGCAAUCGUUUAGCGAAUUCGAAGCAUUCUCGCGUACUCUCGGCGGCCCGGAACACAUUAAGGCGCUCCUGUCGUGCACACAGUCCACGGCGGUCAGACAAAGUGCGAGCGUGCUCGCACAUCUUGCCAGAGUUUUGGCAGCGUUGACUUACGGCAAUAAAGAAAAAAUGGCGUUGUUGUGUGAUUACUUCAAGCCUGUGUUGAACUUUUACAAAUUCGAUUUUGAACACACGCCGGAGGACGAGCAGAAGCUAGAGCUUUUCUGCAUACUCACUCAAGGCAUUGAACGAAACGCAAUUGGCAAUACGCUGAAGGAUUACAUUAUAAACAUGGGAAUCGUGAAAGAUGCUUUUGAAUAUAUUACCGUACAUGCGCCGUGCUUUAAACCUACGCUCUUGCGUACAGAUAGUGACGAAUUAAAAGAAUUUAUAUCUAAACCAGCUUUGAAAUAUAUUCUACGAUUCCUCACGGGAUUAGCUACGGAUCACGAACCUACGCAGUUGGCAGUUUCUCAAGUAACUAUUAGCAUAAUUCAUAGACUGGAACAGGUGUCCUCAAAUGAGCACGUCGGCUCACUAGCGGAGAAUCUUUUGGAAGCAUUGUGCACUAAUAAGCGAGUAGCCGAGCUCAUCGAAGAAGCUCGCCAGCACACACGUAGCGAGAAGAAACGCUUGGCUAUGGCAAUGCGCGAGAGGCAAUUGGGCGCACUUGGUAUGCAGACGAACGACAAAGGCCAGGUCACUGCCAGCGGGACAAUCCUUCAGCAAAUGGAGGAUCUGGGCGAUGAGACUGGACUGAUAUGCGUGAUCUGUCGCGAAGGAUACGAAUUCAAACCUAAUAUGGUGUUAGGCAUUUACACGUUCACAAAACGCUGCAACGUGGAGGAGUUCGAAACGAAACAACGUAAAACCGUAGGCUACACAACUGUCACGCACUUCAACGUGGUUCACGUGGAUUGCCACAUGGCCGCGGUACGUUUGGCUCGCGCCAGAGACGAGUGGGAAAGCGCUGCGCUGCAGAACGCCAACACAAAGUGCAACGGACUGUUGCCUUUAUGGGGUCCGCUGGUUCCGGAGUCUGCUUUCGCCAGCUGUUUGGCGAGGCAUAAUACUUAUCUACAAGAAUGUACUAGUCAUCGCGAUAUAUCCUAUUCAUCGACCGUUCACGAUUUGAAGCUGCUUCUCUUGCGCUUCGCUCAGGAGAAGAGCUUUCACGAGGACACCGGCGGCGGUGGUCCUCAGUCUAACAUGCACAUAGUACCGUAUUUAAUACACAUGGCUUUGUAUGUCAUCAAUACAACACGAUCGGCAGCGAGAGAAGAUAAAGCUUUGAUGACCUAUCUGGAUCAACCGUCUAGCUCGGUGUGGCUCGACAGUUGUUACGAAGCCGAGGGUCCUUUAUACCAAUGCACGCUUUCGUUGCUCUUGCAUACGCCCGCUCGAUGGAAAUCGCACAGACUUACGCAUCUAAAUCGAUUACUGGUUCUUGCGCAUCAACGUUACGUGUCUCCGUCAGCCACUACGAAGACCAUCGCGGAGCCAACCGCCAAGGAUUACAACGUUUACAAGAGUACCUUAAUCUUCUUCGGUUUGGUUGAUGCCAUUUAUACAAACUUCUUCAAGAAAGUUUAUGUUUUAUCCGACGACCAGUGGCCUUCGGUUUUGGCUGAAUAUAUCAGACACAAUGACGAAGCCAUGUUAAAAGCUUCGGAACGUGUGCUAUCAUCGUACCGCGAUGAAUUACUACCGUGCACAUCGUUUGAAGAGUUUUGCGAUAUUGUUGGCUUAUUAGAAGAUAUAAGAAAUCCUUCUAUGUAUAUUAACGAUGUCCUACGAAGAAUUUCCUGAAGAUGGAAAUUUUCUUUGAGUAGCUUCCUGUAUUGCGGUUAAUGACACGAGUCUAUAAUUGUUUCUCCUUUCUCUUUACCUAAUUAACAACUCAAUUCUUCACUUUUAUAUCGAAGGGAUUUUUUUCGCGUAUUAUUAUUAAUUAUUGUGUUUCUUUUUUUGUUUUUGUUUUUUUUUCUCGUUGAAGAUUGAUUAAACGUAUGUAUAAUUUUCGACGUGAUGAAAUUUUCUUUAGGGUGCAAAAUUUGUGUCAUGGUACAUACAAAGAUUGUAUUUAAAAGGUGGUUAAAUAUAAAUUAUAUAAAUUAUUCUCUUUAUUGUUGCUAAAAAUUACUUGUAGACACAUAUGUAUGUAUAUGGAAGAACUUUGUGCUUCAAUAAAAAUGCGAU